AUGAGAUGAAGGAGAAAGAAGUAGAAAUCAUGCUGGAAAAAAGCAGUGACCUAAAUUCAGCUUGUAACUGCAUGCCGCUCUGUACAGAUCUCACUUACGACGUUGAAACAGCUCGAACAAAAUUUCUUUGGAGAGAGCAGUUUAGAGCAGAGAAAAAGGUCGCUGAGGACUUAGAUUCGCAGAAAAUCAACGUUUCACUGAUGCAUUUAUCGAGAUUAUCAGUUUACUUCAUGAAAGAUCAAUUUCUGGAAUCACAGCGAACAGAACUCUACGGCCCAUUCGACUUUCUAGCAAAUUUUGGAGGAUUACUGGGUCUCUUCACCGGAUUUUCAGUACUUUCGGCUGUAGAAAUUGUUUAUUACCUGACCGUGCGAUGGUACUUCAACAGAGUACUCUAUGAUGAUUUCGCAGGAUUGUAAUAUUUAUAUAUUGAUUAAUAUGUAUGUAGAAGAUGUAUGUCAUUUGUUCCACUGUAACAUCAGUAUGUUUGUAAGAUUCAGCCGGUAUUUGAUGAAGAUCCAUAUUAAUUUCACAAACUACACCAAAAACUAUAUGAUCUUCACAAACUUCAUUUUUAAAUAAUAUAUCACGACAUGUUUCGCUAUCACAGAAGCUCAUUCAUAGCAACCAGCUUCAUAGGACCAGAACCUGUCAUUGGAAUCACUUUAGGCUUUGCCAAACAAAUAUUCAACACCUGGAUGGCAAGAAGA